CCGAGGCGACUUGUAUUGUAUGAUUUCCGGUUGCUAUGGCGACGGGCGGUGGCGGUAAACCACACCUCACCUACGAAGCCGUUUUUCAUUCCAGUGAGCACCACUAGCGUACGACCUUUUUAUUUAGUGCCCCAAUUUGUGUCGAAAUAUUUGUUAGUAAUGUUUUAUACUGUUGACAAAGUUAUGGCCAUUUAUAUUUAAUUUUUUAUCAGUAGCUAUUAAGGUUUAAGUAGAGAAUUGUUUUACAUAUUAAAAUAGCGUGAUUUCGUAAAUGGUUUCGCCCAAAAAUGUUGCUUUGUACUUGUAUCAAGUUAAGCAUUAAAUAAAUUAAAAGUGAAAAGAAAAAAAAUAAUAUGUACGAGGAAAGCAAAGCAGUUUUCGGUGCUGCUUGGUGGCUGGUGGCGAUUCGUAUUGUGUCGGCAGGCAUUUCUUGUCUUAGUAACCCUUGCUUGCAUGGAAUUUGUAUUGAUGACAUCAAUAGCACUUACUCUUGCUAUUGCGUCGAUGGUUAUACUGGAGUACAGUGUCAAACAAAUUGGGACGAGUGCUGGUCAAAUCCCUGUCAGAACGGAGGCACGUGCAUCGAUGGAGUCGCUUCAUAUAACUGUUCCUGUCCAGAUGGAUUUAUAGGCGAUAAUUGUGAAACCAACUACAACGAAUGCGAAUCAAACCCUUGUUCGAACAAUGGCACGUGUAUAGACAUGACCAAUGGGUACGUGUGCUCGUGCGUGCCUGGUUUCUCAGGCGAACACUGCGAAGUAGACAUCGCUGUAUGCAACACCACGGAGGAAGUACGAUGCUAUAAUGGCGGCGAAUGUAUCGAAGGGCCCGGCUUCAAGUUCUAUUGCAAAUGUUUACCAGGCUGGGCAGGCCCGAAGUGUGAAGAUCAAAUAGAUGAAUGUCAAUCAAAUCCUUGCCAAAAUGGUGGUAUUUGCAUCGACGUGCACGCCGACUAUAUGUGCGCUUGUCCAUUUGGUUACACAGGCAAAAGUUGCGAAGCACAAAUAGAGUUUUGCGACGAGAACUCUUGCAGUAGCAAUGCUUUAUGCGUUGUGGAAGACAGCGUCAGAGUAUGCUACUGCGUACCAGAUUUCCACGGGGAAAGAUGCGAGUUACAGUACGAUGAAUGCCUACUGGGGCCCAGAUGUAUGAAUGGAGGAACUUGCAUUGACGGAGUGGACAACUUUACUUGUUCUUGUCCACCGAGAUUGGCGGGAACUCUAUGUGAAUGUCUCAUCCUCGACGACAAUACAUUAGAUUGUGAAUAUGUGAGCCCCACGCCUUUCUUGCAAACAACUAAGUCAGUUUUAACAACUUUUAUAAGUCAAGAUACCACCACUGAUAUGACGACAACGUAUUCUGUUACUUCUACUGAUGUUAUACCUAAAUCAUCUACAACGGAAAUAAAGCAACCAAUAGCAACUAUUUCAAGUACAGCAACCGAAGAAAUUACAGAAAGUCCCACCGAAGUAAUUUCAACAAUAGUAACUUUUGAUGGCAUAACAACUGAACGAUUAACUACAGUUAAAGAAACUUCUGAAGUCUACGAUAUUUCUACGGUCACAAUGCGUACUGAUGAUUCUAAAACAGAAACAACUAAGAAAUAUACAAACAGUAAAGAAACUUUGCCAACAAAAAUACCGAUUUCUUUGGAUGACACAACAACUACUACAGAAAUUGCAACAGGCUCAACGACUACGACUACAAUAACAAGAACUCCUACUAAGGAGACGACUGAAAUUUCUGUUCUAACAUCUGAAAUAAUAGUUACAACGGACCUUAAAACUACAUUCGAUGAUACGAGAACAGAAGUUGCGACGACUGAUAAGUCCGUAACGUCUACAGAAAAAAUGUUUACGGAUAGUCCUACAGAGCAGCCUGUCACUGAUAUGCCACUUCCUGUGCCUUUGACAACCGAAGCUACAGAAUCUACAUCCGACAUUGCUAUCUUUACGACGGCUCAGUCAGAAUGCACAGACACCUUAUGCAGUAAUCAUGGAACUUGUGUAAAUAGUCCUCAUGGAAUUCGGUGCCACUGCGUGUUCAACUACGCCGGAAAAUUUUGUGAAGAGAAAAUUUCAAUAGCAUCAGCUGCUUUUGGUGGGCAUUCAUACAUCGCCCACAAGCUGCGGAAUACCACGUCCGUCAUCAUAGCAUUCAACGCGAAGACACUCAUAACAGAUGGUCAAAUAAUGCACAUAGACAUAGCUAAAGACGUCUAUACACAACUGUAUUUGAAUGCAGGCCUGCUAAAAUUCAAAUUUUCUUGCGGUUACCAAACGAUGCUGCUUAGCGAGUUAAAGACAUUUGUCAACAAAGGCUAUCCCAUGCAAAUUGAAACCAGACUUGAUUUAUACAUAAAAGAGCAACAUUGCAAUGCGACGUUACGACUUAACGACACAGUGGCCAUGAGUGGCGGUCAAGUGGCUAAUAUCACCUCCUUAGACUACAAUGCCACGCUGUAUCUGGGUAACGCGCCGGACAUUCGGGAUUCAGAGACUAAACCUUUCAUCGGAUGCAUUAAAGACUUGGAGGUAAACGGCGAAAAGCGAGAAAUAUUUGGUGAUGCAGUGGAGGCUGGGGAAGUGACCGAGUGCAUUUCAUUAUCGUGUCUGUCUUCACCAUGUUUCAAUGGCGGUUCGUGUAAGGACACUAACGGGGGAUACGCUUGUUCCUGUGCUAAUGGAUGGUUCGGCGAGCAGUGCAAGCGUUCGGUGUGUGAACAGAACCCGUGCCAGGCAGGCGGCAGCUGCGUGCGGCAUCCUGGCAGCGGGUUCCUUUGCCUCUGCCCCUACGGAAAGCACGGCAUCUUCUGCGAAUACAAUGUUGAAAUCACGCGUCCGUCCCUUUCGCCCAUCAGUCCCGGAAUAUCGUCAUAUCUGGUGUACCCUUUAUCCCCUUCUGCUGUGAAUUCAGACCGAUUCGACUUGCGCCUGCGCUUCCAGACCACCGACAUGGACCAGAUCUCACUAUUGGCUUUCGUUGGACAAUAUGGACGCCAUGAUUCUAGAAGCCAACAUUUAGCCUUGACUUUUGUUAAGGGUUACAUUAUGCUGACUUGGAAUAUGGGUAGCGGUGCCCGCCGCGUGUUCACAUCCCGCGCGCUGCCGUACCGGCGCGGCGGACACACCGUGCGCGUGUGGCGCCGGGGCCGCGCCGCCGGCCUCAGCGUCGACGCGCGCCUCAACGCCACCGGCAAUGCGCCCGCGCACCGAGAUAAGAUGACGCUGCUGCCAUACCUGUACAUCGGAGGUCAUCCCUCGGAAGGUUUUCACGAGUUACCCCACGACUUGCCUCUACACAGCGGGUGGCGAGGUUGUAUCUGGGAAGUGAGUGGGCAAGCUGCUGGCGGGAGAGUGGCUGGUGGAAGGGGCGCGGGGCAGUGCGGCGUCGCGCAGUGCACUGCCAAGUCCUGCAAUGCACCGAGAGGGGUGUGCAUUCACUCACCGGCCACUUAUGGCUGCAUUUGCAACGAAGGCUGGUUCGGUGCGACGUGUUCAAGCGAUCGGAAUCCUUGCGACCGCACCGUCACCAAGUGCAUGGGCCAGUGCGUGGUCACGGCGGAUGACACUGUGCUGUGCGACUGCCCUUAUGGCAAAACUGGUAUCGAUUGCGAUGAAGAACUAUUUCCAACGGACGUGUUAUUCAGUGGUGUCAGAUCGUACAUUCGGCUGCACCCGCGUGCAGUGACUAGUGUCAGCUUGUCGCUGGAGGCGGAGGUGAAGCCGACGCGCGAGCGAGGCUUGCUGGUGUUCAUGGAGACGCCGCACUUCUACACCGUGCUGUCGCUGCAAGGAGGCUUGCUGGAGUAUCGAUGGACUGACAGGGUAUCCGGUCUGACGUCACUAGUCCGCAGCGGCGUGGUGCUGUCUAUGUCGCAGUGGCACAGCGUGAAGGCGGGUCGGUACGGCAGCCGACUGUACGUGUGGGUGGACGGAGCUCUGAGUACGGAGGCCAUGUUGGCGCACGCCUACCCACAUACUGCCGCUAACGCUUCUAUAUUGUUAGGCGGUGCCAAAGACUUGUCGACGUUACCCUUUGACGCGAUGUCGGGACCACCAGAGUUCUACACGGGCUGUCUGAGGAAUUUCCACAUCAAUAAUAUUUUGUUAACCCUCGAACAACAGAAUAUUCAAGAGGGUCAGAAUGUAUUGGACUGCGACGGCACGGCGUGCGGGCGCGAGGCGUGCGGCGGCGCGGCGUGCGUGGUGGAGCGCGGCGGGGCGCGGUGCGCAUGCGCAGGUGCGCGGUGUCGUCGCCAUGCGCGCUGCGAGGCGCCCGCGUGUGCGCCGCCGCGGGGCUCCUGCCGCAACAACGCAUGCGUCUAUAAAAUAAACAUCACCAUUCCGCAAUUCGAGGGUGAUUCGUUCCUGUCGGUGUCGCGGCGGCGCAUGCGCACGGCGAGCCAGCAGCGCGCGCCGCACCACCGCGCGCCACUACUCCCCGCGCCACUACACCCCGCGCCACUACACCCCGCGCCGCACCGCCUCGCGCUCAACUUCACCACCGCCCAACCCAACGGGCUGCUAGCGUGGACAGCUAUGGAUUUAGACUACAUCGGUGUUGGCCUAGAGAAAGGCCAUCUCAAAAUAGCAUGGAAUUUCCACUUCACCAAACAUUCCACCAACGAGAUGUACCCAAAACCAAGAGUUUUAUCGCGACUAGUGCCGUACGCUGGAUUCUUAGCUGAUGCAGAAUGGCAUACUCUUGUAUUGAGAGUCGGUAAACAGAACAUCAGUUUGACAGUAGACGAACUGUUGGCAUAUGUUGAAGAGCCUGGCUUGGAUAUUGACAUGGAUUAUGAUGAAGUCGAUGUGUAUGUAGGAGGUGUAACCGAAGAUAAUAACUUUUCGACGGCUAAGAAGCUAUUUCCUACAAACUUUAAAGGCUGUAUCGACCACAUAUCGACUAAAGAAAAGGUCUUUAUAACGAACUACACAGAAAUUUACAGCGAAAACGUGAGAUCGUGUCAAUUAUUCCCACCUACUUAAUGUUAUUUCGACGUGAAAACGGUAAGUGGUGACUCUCAAGUCUCAGCGUGUACCCAGGGAUGCUACGGAAAAUCGAUAGCUACUUAUCUUUUAAUCCAUUAAAAAAAACAAAUGAAUAAUAUGUACGUUUUGUCAUACUUUAUUGCCUUUAGUCCAUUUCCGUGACUGAUGUCGAAUUAGAAAUUAAAAUUGUAUUUUAAUUUUUCUCCUAAGCCUUGGUUCAGACAAUAGGCGUUCAACGCGCGUUUCUACUGCGGUUCAUACAUUUAUUAUGUGAGAAUUCGCUAUGAAAUGUAAUUGACUAGUACUUAGUUUAAAGAGUCAAAACAAACACUAUUUACCUAUACGCUUAUCAAAGUUGUCCUUCAAUUACAACGCUCGUAACUGCAUGAAGACGGAGUCCUCGUAGACGGAAUAAAGCCCCCUGACUAGUAUUAUCACUAGAUAUCUUUAUAUAUUUUUUUGGAAUGACGAUAUUCCUUAUUUACAUGGCAGCUUUAGUCUUACAUGUGUAAGACUAAAGCUGGACAACAGGAAACUUGGAGUGCGAGUUAACUCACUUCAAAGAUAAAACUGGGCAUAGCGCAAAAGGCGCGUUGGACGAAUAUUAUGUAAACGGGCCCUUAUUUUAGGCCCCAUAUAAGUGUUUUCGUUAGAAGCAUCUGUUGUAAAAUCAAGGAUACACUUUGAAAUUUUCCUAUUUCUUUUGAAGAAAAUAAUAUAAUCAGCGUCGUAUAUUACGGAAAUGCCACUUUUUACUAGCUUUUCUAAUUUCAUAUCAGACCUAUUAGAGAACUUUCCUCCUAAAUAAUUAAAUACCUGCAAACUGUAGGCAUUGUAUUGACAAAGAAUUUCAUAAAAGAAUUACGAGAUGUCCGUAGCAUCUCUGUUACAUGUCAAUAAAUACUCAUAGUACAAAACCUUUUCUAGUCUUCUUGUUCACAUUUAGGACCAAUAUUGUCUCUUACUGUUUGUAUUAGCAUUAAUUAGUUGAGUAUUUUUAGGAGCAUAAUACUUGUUUUAUAGUGUCCCAGUAGUUAUAUGAAUAUUGUGAGUUAGUGCGCCACUCGACAAGCACUGCGUAUAACAAAUUACUUCCAAGUAAUUCACAAACUCAGAAUAUUUUGAAACUACCACGUCGUUUUACGCAGCGCGUGUUGGUUUGGAUGGUGUGACAUUUUUUGUACAAACGAUAAAUAAAAAUUAAACAUUCAACGUACACAAAA